AUGGCCGAUCAGAGGGACAGUCGAGGUCGGUUCGCGAAGAAAGGUCCCAAAAGAGUUCGAAUUAAAAGAACAUAUGUCUCAACUGAGCAUAAUUAUUUAAGUGGACAUCAGUGCCCUGGCGAUUCAUGUAAAGAUAGACGGUGUCCUUUAUUUAAUAACAUCCAUGAUCUCGGGAAAAAUGUGAACCGUAACUGGAAGGACGGACGGCGUGUUAUGGAGCUAGGUGUUUUGCUGGAGGCCCUAUCCGCAUGUUCCUCCUGUCGCAUGGGACCGAUUCCUCUUUAUAAAGAAAAUGUUACAGGAGAGAGACGACGAGGCCUUGGUAGAUAUUUGUACGUCGUAUGCAUGAAUCUCGAGCGUGGUGAAGUUAACAUGGUACCAUAUGGGAAGACGCGUCGACAGAAGGAUAAAAGAACAGGAAUGCCAUGUUUUGUUGUGAAUACUAAGUUAGGCACAGCUAUGAUAGACAGUCUAGGAGGGCCAGAUCGAGUCAAUAACCUCCUGUCUACGCUGAACAUACCAACAGUGAACAAUAAAACAUUAAUGGCUAUGGAGCGGCGUGCAGGAGAAAAUGUAGAAAGUAUAGCCCAGUUAACCACAAAGAAAGCAGCUGAUGAAGCUUAUCACGUGGAAAUGGGUGAAGUGGCUAAUGCAGAGUCCAGUGACGCCUCCCAAAGUAUGGAAAUAUUGGAUGAUCUGGGAGUUGGAGUGUUACCGGAUGCAUCAGCAAAAACUAAGUAA